AUGGAUCCUUAGCAAUUAAAGAACGUUAAUAAAACCAUCUGGGAACAUUUAAGCAAAGCUGAAACCACAGAGCAGAAUGUGGCUAAAUUGAUCAACUAACUUUAUUAAAACUUUCCUAAUUAUGACAUAAACAAUUACGUAAAUCCCUACUUGAAGUUGUCCCUAUUGCACAUCAACUCACAAUUUGGUAGAUCAAAUAUUGUUUAGGGUCUUUUCCAAUAAAAGCCAUAAGUAGAUAUCAAAGACAUUAACGAUAGAACUCCUUUGCAUUAUGCAGCUAUGAGUGGUAAUGUAGAUACAAUAAAGGUUCUUAUUCAAAAUGGUGCAAAUAUAAAUGCUGUUACUUUGGGUAAUGAAACUCCUUUGAUGAAAGCAGCUCAAUUUAAUUAGCAAAAAGCAGUAUCUUUCCUUCUUUAACAUAAUGCCAACACCAACAUCAAAAAUUCACUUAACCAAACAGUAUCUGAUAUUUUGAGAAUAUCACAUCCUAACUUAUAUCAAAAAAUGAAAUAAGAAUUCCCUAACUUAAUUCACUGA